CAAAUACAGAGCGGAGGCACAGCCACCUGACAACGCAACCCAGUAAAAUGAGCGACAGAACCUAUUUGCUAUCACACCUGUAACCCAAUAACAUCCCCAUUCCUUCCCGCGUUUUCCGAUUAAUCCCGCAUCGAGCUCUCCCUUCAUCUGCUUCGGCAUUCAGCACUGGAAUCUCUCAAAGCUUCGGGUCGAUCUGACAGUGGACGGAGAUGAAGCGAUCCCUUCGCCUCUCCUUCCUCCUGUUCCUCUUCCUCAUCAUUCUCACAUAGCGGUGGAGGACAUGAAGCGAUCCCUCCGCUUCCCCUUCUUCCUCUUCCUCCUCCUCAUCGCCCUCGCCACCGCCCUCAGCUGCUGCCGGACUCUCGGCCGCCUCGGCCUGCCCUCCGAUCCCCUCCCCAUGCCGCCGCCGCUUGGCGCCGCCGCUUCCCUCAACGAAACCAUCGUCCUCGUCUCCGCCACUGCCGCCGGCGAUGUGGCGCUGGAGAGAGACGUCGACGACCUCCUCUCCAGCACCUUCUCCUCCUCCACCACCUCCGGCGGCCGCUACCUCUCCAUCUCCCUCCGCCGCCGGCCGGCCCUCCCGGACGACGGCCGCCCACUGUCCCUCGCCAGGCUCCGCUUCCCCGCCCGUCUCCCCCUCUCGGCGAUCCAUCGUCGCAUCCUCCCGGAGUUCCGCCGCGCUCUCCGUCGCUGGUCCCUCCUCCGCCGGCGCUUCCAGCCGGAGGUCAUGUCGGAGCUCCUCGCCCUCAUCAAACGCCCCAUCGACCUCCACUUCGGCUACCCGGACACCGGCCGGCCCUACGCCACCUGCGCCGUCGUCGGCAACAGCGGCAUCCUCCUCAAUUCCGACCACGGCGACCUGAUCGACGGCCACGAUCUCGUGAUCCGCCUCAACAACGCCUUCACCCAGGGCUAUAUCCGGAAAGUCGGCGGCAAGACCUCUCUUGCAUUCAUCAACAGCAACAUCCUCCACCUCUGUGCUCGGAGGGACGGCUGCUUCUGCCACCCUUACGGCGACUUCGUCCCGAUCCUCAUCUACAUUUGCCAGCCGGCGCAUUUCCUCGACUACGCCAUCUGCAACGCCUCUCACAGGGCUCCAUUGCUCGUCACCGAUGCCCGGCUCGACGUCCUCUGUGCCCGAAUUGUCGAAUUUUAUUCCUUGAAGCAGUUCGUGAAGGCGACCGGGAGGCCGCUGGAGGAGUGGAGGAAAGCUCACGACGAGAGGACGUUCCAUUACUCGACGGGGAUGCAGGCUGUUGUGCUUGCUUUGGGAAUUUGCGAUCGAGUUAGUGUUUUUGGAUUCGGCAAAUCGGCCAAGGCGAAGCACCAUUACCAUACCAACCAGAAGGCGGAGCUGGACUUGCAUGAUUACGAGGCUGAGUAUGCCUUUUACCGGGAUUUGGUCCAGAGGCCGCAGGUAAUACCUUUCCUUAAUGAUACAGGGUUUAAGGUCCCUCCAGUGGUUUUCUAUCAUUGAGCCGUUUGAAGUUUGUAGUUUGAAUUGAAUCUUCCGGAAGACCAUGAUCUCGUUGUAGUUGUAAAUUUUCACAGAAAAUAAAGGUAAGAAAGAUGAAUUAUAUGCAAUGGAGGUUUCUUAUGCUAGAUAAUAUUUAAUUAUGAUUUCUGGUUGAAAAAAAUUCAACCAUUAAAGCAUGUACUUCUUAAGUAACUCAAUAAACUUUAGUCCCAUAUUAAUGCAAGCAAAGUUACAUUUAAUACUUCUCCCGGCUUGGUCGUGCCAUGAACAUCACGUGUGGAAGCCUGUCUUUUGCUUUGCUUUUAAUUGCUUUGACUUCAUCCAAAGUUAUUUUGGUAUUUAUUUCGAUAUCUUGCACGCAUUGUUUUGAUUUUUGUUCCAGAGUUAUUUUGGUGUUUAUUUUGAUGUUAAAUAAGGCUUAAAUGUAGGAUUUAUUCAGCUACCCUUUGGAGAGGCCUUUAUAACCAGACUAGCCGUUAAGGGAGCAUUAUUAGUGCAUAAACAACUAGUAACUUCCCCAUUUGCUUAUUGCAAGCUUUACAGACUAGCAACUAGUUGUUAGAGCUGUUUCCUGACCAAUCUCUGUAUAAAGGCCAUGUUGUGGCUCUCAGUACUACAUAUCAGAAAGCUCUCUCCCUGUGAUAGUUAUCUGCUGCUCUCUUUUUUGCUUUCUUUUCGCUUUUUACUCGCCUACCCUUUUCACUAUUUCUACUACUAUUUUCCCAAUGUUGUAUACUUUCAAAGUAUUGAUUUCGAGUGACUCAAGGAGUCAAUUGAGUCAAACAUUCCACUUGCUCAUGCUAUACCAAGGAAAAGCUACACUGAGCUGGGGAACCUUGGGAGUGUUAGAGCCAUCUACUUUGCUAUACCAUCCAUGUUCUCCUAUUUUCUAAUUUCUUACUUAUAAUUAUUGCUUUCGGAUUUAUUCACGAUUGUUUUGUCGCACAAAUUCUUAGUUUUCCAACUUUAUAAAUAUCUACCUCCAACAUUUUACUCAUUGAGAAAGGUGGUGUUGUAAACUGGAAAUAUUGAAUAAUAGAGAUACAAUUAUGAGUUUUUGUUCAGUUUGUUUUUAUAUUAUCAUUUUACAAUACAUUGUCAUUCCUUGUUUAUAUUGAGAUCAAGUUUCUACUGAAAUGGGCAUACGUUUUCAACUUAAUUGUUUUGUUUGAUUCUUAUGUAAAAUGCUGUCAAGGCUUUUUGUCUUUUCUCACCUUUGCAAUUACCAAAUUGUUUUGUUUCAUUUUUCUCUUUCCUUGAGCAUGGCUGGGACAGAUUUCCAGUGUUUGCGCACCUGUUUAGAGUUCAGAUAUCACCUUCCUGAUCCUAUGUCUGCGAAACAAAAUCAUUUAGUCUCACUUAUGCUUUCUACAGUGGUAGCUUUGUAGGCAUCAUUGUUUUCAGAUUUCUUUUUAUUUAAAACAUCAAGUUAUCAUUGUAUUUACUGUAAUGACCUUCGGUUCCUGGAAGUAAACAUGGCCCGUGUGAGCUUAUCUGAUGUUGUUGGUUUGAUCCAUGAUUCUUUUGUCUUUACUUGCAAAAAUAUUAGCUUGAAGUAUGUAUUGCACAUGUAUAAGACAACAAGAUAUUGUCUGAGGUUAUCUGAUGUUGUUGGGUUGAUCCAUGAUUUUUAUCCUUUACUUGCAAAGUAAUUAGAUUGAAGUAUGUAUCACACAAGUACAAGAAAACAAUAAAUUGUCCUAUUCUGUGAUCCUUGUUCACAAGGAGUGUGAGUAAUGACAUGAAACUAUAAAAUGGAUUGUGACUUUGAAGGUAGAAAGAAAUCCUGAAGCAAAUCAAUUCAAUAUUAUUGCAUUCCUCUUCACCAUCUAACUUCAUGAUGGGGCAAUUAAUUCAUGAUGUCUAUUGCUGUUUGCAGGUCUUAUUUGACAAUUAUCCUCUCAUCCUCCCUUGUCUAUACACUGUUUGCAUGUUUCACGUCAUUAUCUACAAAAAAAAAAAUCAUUCCGCAUAUUUGCAUUUUGCAUUACAUAAACUUAGAAGCCCUUCAACAAUAGUACUGUUCAUUUGCCUGAACAGAGAGCUCCUGAGUUUUUUAUUCUCAUUUUUUCUUAAGAAAUGAAUCACUUAAUUGGAGAAAAAGAAGCAGGACAUUAUCUUAUUCUGAGAGAACAUAAUGUCGCUCCCUAAACUAGGACUUCUUAGAAGACUUUGUGCAAGGUUGGAUUUGGAAAGAAGAAAAAUAAAACUUUUCCUAGAAAAUGUUGCUUUGCUCUUUUAGGAUUGGUAAGCACAUUUAUUCUAGUGUUUAAACAACUUAAUGAGAGUACACUGAAAAAGGAUCAUGUAAACUUAUGCUGCAUAAACUGCAAUAUCUUAUGCAAAUACAGCAAACUUGUUUCUUACAACCUCCUGAUCAUGUCUUUAUGGUAUAUCCUUGGUCAUCAUGCAGUUUAGUUUCUUUGUGCAUAUCUUGUAUUUGAGAUGGACAUGUCUAUUUUCCUUGACAGCGCAUCGUUGGAACUUGGAAGUGUAUCGCUGCACAACUUAUUUUAGUUCCAUUAUUUCUAUCCAUAGAGAGGCCUAUGUGACAGUAGACCUUAUUGUUGCCUAUGUAGUCAAUGCUGAAGAAUGUAAUUUUGCAAUUGUGCUCUGUUAUGAUAUGGUCAUCAUAGAGGCAAUCAUAUUUUUCCAAUGAAUAAUUUGUUAAUAAAGGAAGAAAGAUGUGCAACAGAGUCAUUCACAUGGCACAGCAGGAAAUCUCACUGGAUCCAAAGUUUAGGGUCAUUAGUCAUUACCAAUCAUCAGAGGAUCGUAGGAGAUUGUAAUGGUAGAGAUUGGUCGUGUCAACUAAAAUUAUGCGAUCAAUAUCUUCUACAUUUUUUUAAUAUUUAAUGCUGGGCUUGUUUCAUGAGGCAACUAUAGUACUUCUUCAAAUGUUAUUGUUCGGGCAAACGAGAGCAGUAGUCUAUGGAAUAUUACAUGCGUGAUGAAGCAUCCCUCAUGUUAAUUGCAAUAGAAGCAGCCUUCUCCUCUUGCUCGUUAUUGUUUUAAGGUCUACCAUGCAUUGCUUAAUUUUUUAGCUAUAUGUAUCAAGCAUUCUAGUUGUAUCUGGAGAACACUUACCUGAUUUCUCUGGUACAUAUGUGCCUAUUCUCAUUUUUCGGAUCUCCACCUUAAAGGAUGCUAGGAAAGAUGUAGGUUGAGUAAUGGAAGCUGAAGGAGCAGACAUACUACACUUGCUAUGUCACAUCCAUCUUUUACUGAAUGGAUGCAUUUAGGAUGAUAGAUUCUCUUCGAUUAAAAAUGAAAUCUGAUGAAUUCCCUAUGUUUGUCGCAUGCUCUGUCAAUUGAAGGAUUAAGACAAUCCCCUACUUCAGCUUCUCAAAACCAAACGAUGCUUUCUUCUUAUCUUCUAAAACCAAACAAUGCAUUUGGGAAAAGAGAUGUCGAUUUUCAUGGUUGAUGGCGACUAUAAGUAUUGUUUCACUAUUUCUGGUAAGUUAUCUCUCUGGUGUCAGUAUGAGAUUUCCCUCUACAUCUGGUUUCAUGGCAAAUUAAGGUUAAUGUAAUGGGGAAGGAUUUUAGCUUCUCGUCUUCAAACUUAAUAGAGAUACGGGUGAUCAGAAAGACUACUGUCAAGCAGGCAAUAGCCUUGCAGAAGUGGUGUUGCAUUUGUUGUCAGAGUACUCAUCCUUGUUAUGUCAGUAAAAGCAUUUGUACUGGUAUUAAUUAUUAUUUUUGAGUGAAAGGUUUGGAUGCUUUGGAGUCUGUCCUCUGUUAUGUAUCUUGUCUUAUUCUUUGCAGGAAUUGUUCACAGUAUAAUUCUGUGAUCAAUCAUUUUCAGUCUUGGCUUCUAUUUUGUUAUGCAUGAGCCAAGGGUCUACGAGAUG